AUGUGGCUGUUCCUGACCAUUGCUUAUUUAAUGUGCAUCGGGGAAAUGUCAGAUGCAAACCCCGAGGUCUCCAUGGAUGUUGGUGAAAUCGUCCGCUACCACGGGUACCCCUACGAGGAGCACGAGGUGCUGACGGAUGACGGCUACUACCUGGCCCUGCAGAGGAUUCCUCACGGCAGGGGCAACCCAGGCAGCAGGAGCAUCUCCCAUCAAGCAGAGGCACGGGGCUCCAGCAUGUUCUGUCCCCCUCCAAAGGCUGUGGUCCUCCUCCAGCAUGGGCUGGUGUUGGAGGGAAGCACCUGGGUUACCAACUUGCCCAACAGCAGCCUGGGCUUCAUCCUGGCCGACGCCGGCUACGACGUGUGGAUCGGGAACAGCCGGGGGAACAGCUGGUCACAGAAACACAGGGAGUUUGACUUUCACCACCAGGAAUACUCAGCUUACAGCUUCCACGAGAUGGCCAUGUAUGACCUCCCAGCCACCAUCAACUACAUCCUGCAGAAAACUGGGCAGGAGCAGCUGUACUACGUGGCUUACUCUCAAGGCACCACCACAGGUUUCAUUACCUUUUCAUCCAUUCCUGAACUGGAUCGCAAAAUCAAGAUGUUUUUUGCCUUGGCUCCCACCACUGUGAACUCCAACACAAAGACACCCUUGGUGAAGGUGUUCGACCUUCCUGAGGCACUGGUUAAGCUCGUUUUAGGACACACAGUGGUCUUUGAUAAGGGCCAUAUCUUGAAGCAAGUGAUCUCUGCUGUGUGCACCUACCCCAUCUUUAGCAGUAUUUGCUCCUUGGUCCUUUACCUGCCUGGUGGCUUUACCAGCAGCUAUGAUGUGAGCCGCAUGGACGUGUACAUGUCUCGCUACCCUGACUCAACAUCCCUAAAAAACAUGCUCCACUGGCGCCAGCUCUAUCAAACAGGGGAAUUCAAGUAUUAUGAUUAUGGCAGUGACAACAUGCUCCAUUACAACCAGACCUCCCCUCCCUUCUAUGAGCUGGAGAAGAUGAAGGCCCCGCUGGCCGCGUGGUACGGGGGCAGGGACUGGAUUUCAGCCCCUGAGGAUGUGAACAUCACCCUGCCCCGGAUAACCAACCUGGCCUACAAAAAGUACAUCCCCGACUUUGUCCACUUCGACUUCCUUUGGGGCAAGCAAGUGUAUGAACAAGUCUACAAAGAAAUGCUGGAUCUCAUGGAGAAGAGCUCCUAGAGCUGGAGCUGUGGCCACUGGGGGCUUCUCAGUGACUUCUGGGGCUUCUUUGGUUUGGAGGGGGAAAAAAAAAGUGAAGAAACAAA